AUGACAAAGUGUGCACUUACAGUGUCACCAUACCUGCCUCACUUACAGUGUCACUAUACCUGCCUCACUUACAGUGUCACUAUACCUGCCUCACUUACAGUGUCACUAUACCUGCCUCACUUACAGUGUCACUAUACCUGCCUCACUUACAGUGUCACUAUACCUGCCUCACUUACAGUGUCACCAUACCUGCCUCACUUACAGUGUCACUAUACCUGCCUCACUUACAGUGUCACUAUACCUGCCUCACUUACAGUGUCACUAUACCUGCCUCACUUACAGUGUCACCAUACCUGUCUCACUUACAGUGUCACCAUACCUGCCUCACUUACAGUGCCACCAUACCUGCCUCACUUACAGUGUCACUAUACCUGCCUCACUUACAGUGUCACCAUACCUGCCUCACUUACAGUGUCACCAUACCUGUCUCACUUACAGUGUUACCAUACCUGUCUCACUUACAGUGUCACCAUGCCUGUCUCACUUACAGUGUCACCAUACCUGUCUCACUUACAGUGUCACCAUGCCUGUCUCACUUACAGUGUCACCAUGCCUGUCUCACUUACAGUGUCACCAUACCUGUCUCACUUACAGUGUCACCAUGCCUGUCUCACUUACAGUGUCACUAUACCUGUCUCACUUACAGUGUCACUUUACCUGCCUUACUUACAGUGUCACCAUACCUGUCUCACUUACAGUGUCACCAUACCUGUCUCACUUACAGUGUCACUAUACCUGCCUCACUUACAGUGUCACUAUACCUGCCUUACUUACAGUGUCACUAUACCUGCCUUACUUACAGUGUCACUAUACCUGCCUUACUUACAGUGUCACAAUACUUGCCUCACUUACAGUGUCACUAUACCUACCUUACUUACAGUGUCACUAUACCUGCCUCACUUACAGUGUCACAAUACUUGCCUCACUUACAGUGUCACUAUACCUGCCUCACUUACAGUGUCACCAUACCUGUCUCACUUACAGCUUCGCGGGUGGCAUGGGUUCGAGUCCCGGCCAGGGAGGAUUGACUAGGCGACAGUCCAUAAAUGUCUGCGCCUGUUCACUUGUUUGUUAACUGACUGGCAGAUCGUGUUCCAAGGGAAGCCUUAUGGGUACAGCUUACCAUAAGCUGCCGAGUCACCCUACCAUGAGCUAUGGUAGGGGUCAGAGGCCGGCUGUGGCUGUAGCUUUGUUAAGAAAAACAUCUUAACUAACUCCUGGGGUUUCUAUUUAUUGCUAGAUUAAUAGAGACAUUAGGUGAAAGGAAUCACGCCCAAACGUUUUCGUUCGGUGCGGGAAUCGGACCCGAAAUCUAGAUUGCGAACAAGAAAAGAUAAUAAUAUAGAAACAAUAACCAAAUAAAGUUUCAUUUAAAUGGAGUAAAACGUCAAUAAAGUACACAGUCGUCCAGGGUGUACGGUGUACUGCUGUUUGGAUACAACAGGAGUACACUACACAGGGGCUACAACAGGAGUACACUACACAGGGUCUACAACAGGAGUACACUACACAGGGCCUACAACAGGAGUACACUACACAGAGGCUACAACAGGAGUACACUACACAGGGCCUACAACAGGAGUACACUACACAGAGGCUACAACAGGAGUACACUACACAGGGUCUACAACAGGAGUACACUACUCAGGGCCUACAACAGGAGUACACUACACAGAGGCUACAACAGGAGUACACUACACAGGGCCUACAACAGGAGUACAGUACACAGAGGCUACAACAGGAGUACACUACACAGGGUCUACAACAGGAGUACACCACACAGGGCAUACAACAGGAGUACACUACACAGGGCCUACAACAGGAGUACACUACACAGGGUCUACAACAGGAGUACACUACACAGGGCCUACAACAGGAGUACACUACACAGAGGCUACAACAGGAGUACACUACACAGGGUCUACAACAGGAGUACACCACACAGGGCAUACAACAGGAGUACACUACACAGGGCCUACAACAGGAGUACACUACACAGGGCCUACAACAGGAGUACACUACACAGGGCCUACAACAGGAGUACACUACACAGGGCCUACAACAGGAGUACACUACACAGAGGCUACAACAGGAGUACACUACACAGGGUCUACAACAGGAGUACACUACACAGGGCCUACAACAGGAGUACACUACACAGGGCCUACAACAGGAGUACACUACACAGGGCCUACAACAGGAGUACAGUACACAGAGGCUACAACAGGAGUACACUACACAGGGCCUACAACAGGAGUACACCACACAGGGGCUACAACUCCUACAGGUACGGUAGAUAAACGUCCUAUGAAAGCCUAUGUGUGGGUGUUCACCUUUGCAACAACUGGCGCAGUUCACUUAGAGGUAUUAACUCCUGAUAUAACUGUUCAAUCAAUACAGGUUUUCCCUACCACUGUUGCAUGCAGGUGAUGCACAAAACUCAUGAUGUCAGACAAUGGAGCUAACUUGGUAGCAGAAAUAUACCAAGUUAGAUUUAGUAGACCUCCAAAUAAAUCCCGUAAAUCAGAAAAUAAAUAAAAGGAACAGAUUUUCCGUAAAUUUGAGUUUACGGGAAACUGUCCAUACCUUGCAGUCUGUGCAACACUGCAUCAAUGUCAGUGUAAAUGUAAAUUUAUUCAGCCUAGAGCCCUAUGGGACGGAGGUGUUUAUGAGAGAUGAUGGUUGGUGUUAGCAAACGAUGCUAAAAAAAACUCUACACCGCCCAGAAAAUAAUUCUCACGAAACUAAGCAAUAGUCGCGGAAAUCGAGCAGAGUAAACAAUCAACCAUCAACCCUUGACCUACAUGUCGGACGAUCCUAUAUGUGACAAUAAGUCCAGCCCAAUUAUAGGUGGACCUGUGACUCAAACACUGUCGUUUGCAGACGAGGCGGUCAGGGACUUCUCACACGUGGAUGACAGAGAGAGUUGCUACGAGGUUACAACCACCUGUCCAAUAUAAUAUGUGGAAUGAAGGAUGGACUAAA